AGCGACACAGGGCAGCAGACACCAAGCACCGGAGUUGAGUCCAUAUCCGCCUACCCGCCACCCUCGCUGCGGAAAAGCAACACCACGACGCCUCGCAGCCGAUGCGAGUUUCAUGUUUUGACAACUCAGGCAGGGCCAUGAUCACGGUAGCCUCGCAGUUGCUGCUGCUGGUAGCGUUGGAGAGUUAUCACAACACCAGAUUGGUAUCUGACAACACCAUAGCACGUACCUGAAGUCAAAAACUGGAAGCUACUGCAACCAGCUGACAGUCGAAGUGGGAAGCUGGAGAAUCUAGGAUAAGAAAGAGGGAACAUAUAUUAGAGCCCAGGCUCCCUGCUUGCAUCUAUUGCUUGCUUGAGUAGAGUCGACCAGAGAAUAGUGGGCGACAGGACGUCGGUCAGUACGCCGCAAAGAAUCUUUCAUUUUUUUUUUCCAUAAAAAGUUCUUCAUACUGAGUGCUGAAUAAAAAGCGCUCCGUCAUUGAGACCGUAAUCUGUAUGUGUCACGGUGUGGUAUGAUCUCGACUUGUUGGUUAUGCGGGUGUUGUGGCAAUCCUUGCGACCAGGCAGCGAUGAUGUUUUCUAGUCUGACGAUACAUGGUUAAAACCGCACUCGGGAAUACUGAAUCACUCAUAGGGAGUCGUAUGUGAAGAAAUUAAAGAGGAUGCCAAUUCUCAAGUAUCGGACUUUGCUUCUUCUCACAAUGUUUACAUUCCUGGCUGUUGCUGGUCGAAACAUUCCUGCUGCGGUGCCAUCGACUGCGAUUUUUGCUCCAACUACCAAAGUCAAGCUUACACCGACCAGGAAAUUGUGGUUUGGAGUAGUCUCUUGGGCACAAAGUGGCAGCCAAUCUCAGUUGCAGGAUAUGAAUCCUUCUUCAAAUACUAAGACAGUUCGCGGCAACAAAAAAAAUGACUUGAUCUAUGAGCAAAGAUUAUUGGUGGGCUCAUCUCCACCGUCAUGCGCAGGAAAGUGUGGGCCGUGCACGCCGUGCAGACCAAUUCACGUGUCAGUCGGGAGUCCGCAUGCAAGGUCGGUGACAGAGCAUGAAUACUAUCCGGAGGUCUGGAGAUGUAAAUGCAAGAACAAUCUCUACGAACCUUAGGUGCCAAAUUUUUGAUGCUGCAUUACUCUAGUGGAGGACAUUCAAAUUGAUUCAAGUUGAUGACUCAACUAUAAUGGUCUAUAGAAGAAGCCCAAAAGUUAAAACAUAUGGCAUUAUCAUUUGUAUCAUUUACUCGAGCAGCAUUUUCUCAGCACCACAAAGCUAAAACUUAAUUUGGAAUGGCUUGUAGAAGUCAACACCGCAGCUUCCAGUAUAUACAAGCUUCCGAAGAACGAAGGUAGAAUGUAUAGGUCUCUUGCAUAUUGUGUACAUGACUCUGAUGAUAAGGUUUGUAGUGAUUAUGGUUUGAGAUUAAAUAUCUGAUAGAUACAAAAAAAGUGUAACCGAUUGAAGAACAACUUCAAGGUUAUACAAGCUUCGAUAUCUGAUUUGUAGAGGUUGAGCUGGUAGAUUUUCACCAGUUUCUUUAUGCAGAAGAUAUCCGUAGAGGUGUUUUCAUGAGGUUUUUUUUAUGUUGCAGCAUAACUGCUUAAAAGGCCCCUAGGCAACGUGGGGAUCGUAUUUAACAGCUUA